AUGGGAGACAAUAACUAUGGGAACUAUACAAAAAUUGAAAAGGUUGGCGAAGGCACCUACGGUGUUGUGUACAAGGGCAAAGAUAAUCGCACAGGAAAUAUUGUGGCGAUGAAGAAAAUCCGUCUCGAGUCGGAAGACGAAGGCGUGCCGUCAACGGCCAUUCGCGAGAUCAGCCUACUAAAGGAGCUCGACGACGAUAACAUUGUAAAAAUCAUCCACCGAGACUUGAAGCCGCAAAACUUGCUCAUCGACAAGGAUGCAAAUCUGAAGAUUGCCGACUUUGGGCUGGCACGAGCGUUCGGUAUUCCUUUGAGGACUUACACGCACGAGGUUGUCACACUCUGGUAUCGGGCUCCCGAGGUUCUGCUGGGCGCGCGUCAAUACUCUACUGCAAUCGACAUGUGGUCCGUAGGAUGCAUCCUCGCGGAGAUGAUUAUGAAGGGCAACCCGCUGUUCAACGGCGACUCUGAGAUUGAUCAAAUCUUCAAAAUCUUCAGGCACGUUUGGAUUAUGGGCACACCGAACGAUACAAUCUGGCCAGGUGUCAGCGAACUUCCAGACUUUAAGCCGUCUUUCCCUCAGUGGGGUCCUCAGGACCUCAGCUCGAUCAUCAAGAACGUGGACAAAGAUGGACUAGAUGUGAUAAACCAAUGCCUCAGCUACGACCAAGCCCGCCGCAUCUCCGCAAAGAGAAUGCGACAGCACGCUUGGUUCGAAUCUUAUCGUGAAGAAUUACAUAGGCAACAAGAAGAGGAAGACGCUGCGUCACAAUAA